GAUGUAUUGGCUACAUUUGGGUACAUUCAUUUAAAGAUGAUGUGCAAGAUGCUUUUGGUGGUGCUGGUGCUGUUGUCUCAUUGACCACCAGGAGGUGAGUCAUGCAAAGGCAUGAGAGAGAGAGAGAGAGAGAGAGACUGACUGACUGACUGACUAAUGAGACAGUAGGGGUGAAUGAUAGAGUAAGUGAAAGGAGAAGGUCCUCCCACCUAGUCACAGUAUAAAGCCCAGCACUGAGUCUGAGAGACAGACAGCUAAGAGGGACUGAAAGGUAGAAGAGGAAAAAGAACUGAUAGAGGCUGUAAACACUUGUCUGUCUUGUUCUGUUUUGCUUCUGGAAUAAAACAGCAGAGGAUUUAUUCCAUACAGUGACAAGGUGAUUGAUGAUGAUGGUGAGGCUGGUGGUGGUGGUUAGUGCAGUGCUUCUGAUGGUGGACAGCAGCAUGACGCAGAAGGUUCUGUCCCGCAGCAGGAGGGAGCUGGCCAGCCCGCUGCAUACUCGGGGCAUCUGGGACCCGUUUGGCUCAUACUGUGAGAGAAGAGGGGGCUGCUGUGAGGGCAGGGAUGAUGAGUGCACCAUGCCUUACCUGGAUACCAUCUGCUACUGUGAUCUGUUCUGCAACCGCACAGUGAGCGACUGCUGUCCUGAUUUCUGGGGCCACUGCCUGGGAAUCCAGCCUCCUCCCAGAGGGAUCUGUGAGAGAAACGGCCACAGGUUCCACUCAGGUGCAACCUACAAAGAGAACUGCAAUUUAUGUACGUGUAGCGUGACUGGCCAGUGGGUGUGUGAGCAGCACGCCUGCCUGAUAGAACAAGACAUGAUCCAGGCAGUGAACUGGGGAAACUAUGGCUGGAAGGCAGCUAACUACAGUCAGUUCUGGGGUAUGAGUCUGGAUGAGGGUUUGCAUUACCGUCUGGGCACGCAGCGGCCUUCCCGAGCCAUCAUGAGCAUGAAUGAGAUUCAGAUGAACAUGGAUAACGAUGAACAUCUGCCCAGUUAUUUCAAUGCUGCUGAGAAGUGGCCAGGAAAAAUCCAUGAGCCCUUGGACCAAGGCAACUGUGCUGCGUCAUGGGCCUUCUCCACAGCAGCUGUAGCAUCAGACCGAAUCGCCAUUCAGUCCAUGGGACACAUGACCCCUCAACUGUCAGCCCAGAAUCUGAUUUCCUGUGACACACGUAACCAAGGCGGCUGUGCUGGAGGACGCAUUGACGGGGCAUGGUGGUACAUGAGGAGAAGAGGGGUGGUGACGGAGGAGUGUUAUCCGUUUAAUCCGCCCCAGCAGACCCCUGCUGAAGUGAGCCGCUGUAUGAUGCAGAGUCGCUCAGUGGGCCGAGGGAAGAGACAGGCCACAGCCCGCUGUCCCAACAGCCACAACUACCACAAUGAAAUCUACCAAUCCACUCCACCAUACAGACUGUCCUCAAAUGAGAAGGAGAUAAUGAAGGAGAUCAUGGAUAACGGGCCUGUGCAAGCCAUCCUGGAAGUGCACGAGGACUUCUUUGUGUACAAGAGUGGAAUCUACCGGCACACUGACGUGAACGUACACAAAGCACCGCAGUAUCGCAAACACGGCACACACUCCGUGAGGAUCACAGGGUGGGGAGAAGAAAGAGAUUACAAUGGGAACACACACAAGUACUGGAUUGCUGCCAACUCAUGGGGCAAGAACUGGGGUGAAGAUGGCUACUUUCGCAUUGCACGAGGAAAAAACGAAUGUGAAAUUGAAGCAUUUGUGAUUGGUGUGUGGGGCCGGAUAACCAUGGAGGACAUGCACAGCCAUCACCGUCAUCACGGAAGACGCAAAUAGAGAUGCCCAAUCGCGUGCGUCUCUGAUCCUCGUGCCUCCUUCUGAGAUCCUUGUGUACCUUGUCGCCAGAUUGAACAAACACAAAAGAAAGACUCAGUCAGGACUAUGGCAGAAAACUGCGAUAUGGUUUCUAUUAAAGCCGUCAAACUUCUAUUGAAUAUAUUAUUCUCACCAGUGCUGAUAGGUGUUCAUAAAUAGCCAGUCCUUUUUGUCGUUCCAAUGUGGGCAGUUUAGAUUUGAGACUUGUGGUGGUUCUAAUGCUUCCCUUUCUUCUAAGCAAGAAAAUAUCAAAGGAAAGUCAGUUCAGUUUUUGUCAAGCCUGUAACUGUGAGCUCACCAAAGCCCCCUGGUGGCCACAACACUCAAUUACAAUUCCACUUUAGACAUUCUCUUCACAUGAGUUCACAGAGUCUGAUAGGUUCGGUUUUGAUUCCAAAAAUGGCGAUGUCAUUAAUCUUCUGGUUUAUUUGGUUUUAUGAGCCAUACCCUGGUAGGUAGUUUAGAACCGUAAGUAACGGAGCCUGUGAAACUCUGACUCACUCAAUGUGCAUUUCAGACAGUGCGUGAUCCAGCAUUACAUUUAAACACAUUGGAGAAGGCAAGAUAAUGUGAGGCUGAAUUUAUUACCAAUUAUUUAUUUUAAAUACCUGUGACAGGUUUUUUUUUCUACAGAAAAUAUGUUUAUGGUUGUGGUCCUUUUUCCGAGGGGUCAGCUGCUUUCAUCUUGAACAUUCCAUUUAUUCCAAGUGCAUCAAACUCUCCAUCUAAGAAUCAGCUAUACUUUAGUGAUGAUGAUGAUGGUUAUCUGAGCUGGCUUUUUUUUUUUUUUUAAACCCAAACAAAAAGUGAAUUUUUAUACAGUAACAGACAUCAUAAUGACUACUGACAUAACAGUAGUGCUUAUUCAUCAUCAGUGUGCUGAUCAUCUUAGCCAUUGGACCUUAAACCUUUGUGUCGACAGAAACACCUUUAAACUGUCAAGUCCAAUGACUGCCUCAGCAGAUUUAUUCCAUGAACUAUUUAAAUGUAGACAAUAAUAUUCUGCCUAAUUCUUGGACCCAAAGAGCUUUUUAUUCCUCAAAUGUUCCAAAGUAGGUCCCAUAACAUAAGUAGGCAAUCCUGAAGACUUUAAUAAUAAAGGGCUCUGACUUUCACCACUAACUAAAUUGUAAAAAUUACAGCCACCCCGGCUACACUUCAUGAACCCCUUGGGUUUCUCAGACCCCAUCGUUCUAACGAUAAGGUAACUAAAGCAAUACACACUACAUUUGUUUUCUGAGUGAAUGGCUUGGUCCUCCUAAUACGCUUUCUAUUUUUGUAGUGACACAAAGGCUGACUAAGAAUUACUGAUCAUUAUUUUAUGGUUACAAUCUUGAAAUAUUUCAACUAACACUCCUUAUAUUCAAGUUUUUUUAAAAAAAAUGUUUUGUACUGCAACGCUGUGCUUCCUUGGAUGACUUUGACUAGAGUUAUCCAUUAUCAAUACCACUUAUCUGUCAGGGUCAUGGGUGAGCUGGAGCCAAUCCCAGCUGACUUUGGACGAGAGGCAGGCUUCACUCUGGGCAGGUUCCCAAUCUAUCGCAGGGCCAACACAGAGACGAACAACCACUCACGUUCACACCUAUGGGCAAAUUAGAGUAGCCGGUUGCCCUAAUCAACAUGUCUUUGGACCGUAGGAGGAAACCAGAGCACCUGGAGAAAACCGACACAGGCACAGUGAGAACAUGCAAACUCCACACAGAAAGGCCCCGGGUCAGCCGCAAGAUUCGAACCCAGAGCCUUCUUGCUGUGAGCUGACCGUGCCUCCCUGACUAGAGUCAACUCUUGCUAAUUCUGAAAUGCAAAAAUCUCUAAGAAAGAACAAUACAAUGCUUCCUGUCAUAAACGAAUAUAAAUUAUGUGCAUGCACAAUCUUACAAAGUGAUGGAUCAUUUUUGCUCUUUGUUUUUACUCUACUCAUCAUUUUUUAAAGCAGCAAAACCUAUUUUGAAUCUUCAUAUGUUAAUAGUGCAAAUGCUACUGGAGUGAUGAUAUAAUUUUGUAUGUUUUUCCCACUUAAGAGUAGAAGCAGGUCUCCACUACUGAUAGCAAUCAUACCAAGCAAUUCGCUGGCGGUUGAAUAUUUCACAGGCUCUGCGUAAAACCAAAUAUUCUUACUGCAGGAAAUGAUUUUUAUAAUUCCCCGUCAGCCAUUUUGCUCCAUAUAUGGGAAGAAGUUUGUGCUCGGAUACAGUGUUAUACUAAGCUUGCUUGUCAUGCUCAGUUAAAUCAGGUGCAAAUUUUUAAACCAAAGAUGAGCUGUAAAUCAUGUCUCUUCUCUUCGCAACUGCAGCAACAUCAUCAUCAUCAUACACACUUGACCUUAGAGCACAGCAAAGAGUUAUCGAGAUGAUACAUGCGCUCAUACAACGCUGGGUAGAAUAAACACAGCUGCUCACUGAACGUUUGAGACUUCCAUGAUGGUCUGUAACUACUGUAGAUCACUGAACCAUUAAUCACUAACCAUCUUGUUACACGCAGGAAUGUGAACUUCUGUGAUGACCAUCGGUGUUGAUUGUUUUCUUCAGGUCUAUUCAGCAUCGUGCUUAACACACACAAGCCUCUGCUACUGAAAUGGAUUUCUCUACUUCUGAUACAUCAUUACCAUUAUAAGCUAUUAUUAAUGGACAUAAACUUGACACAUAUCUAAAUGUUACGCUGUUUUUAAAGCAGACUGGCUUCCAUGAUCCAUCCAUUCAGUUAGUAAGAGGAUUCAUUUUCCCAACUAGUCAUCCACACCGGAGAUAAACCCCUCACACUGAGCGAGUGUGUUAGAAGACUGAACCCUAGUCAUGCAGAGGAAAUGUGUUUUGGCCAGAUGAUGUAUGGAUAAUUGGUCUCUAUUGGAUUAGAAAACUCUGCUUAAUAUAGCUCCCUGUGUAGGAUUUUGUUAAAUUAAAGAGAGAUUUAUAUCAGACUAUCUGACUAUUUAAGAAGCAGGUUUGUAAAUUAUAUCCAUUUGGUCAUAUACGUGUAUUAUUUUGUCACUUGUAUUGUAUAUAUGCAAUCACUAUAUAUCACAUAUACACACAAACAAACCACUGUCCACCUGCGUAAUACAAUAAAAUCCAAAUCUAACCAUCGUACAAACACAAUCAUCCAGUUUCCCCUUUGACUAACGUACGAGUUAAACAUUUGCUCAGAAUUGUGACUAAACCAGAUUAUAUAUUCUUGGUAGAUAAAAUAAAAUUGUCUUGUUUGUUUUCUUCUUCCUAUCUAUCCAUCCAUCCAUCCAUCCAUCCAUCCAUCCACAGUACGAGACAAAAGUUUGGACACACAUUCUAAGUCAAUGUUUUAAUUAAUAAAUAAAAAAAGACUUCAUGCCUUAAAAUAA